AUGAUUCAAGAACUCUUAGGAGGUGCUGGCUUAAUUGGCGGAGAGAGGAAAUUUCCCAUCAACGGAACCAUUUUAGAAGGCACACCUUCUCCUUCUCUUUCUCCUUCACCAUCUCCUUCUUCUUCAACAACAUCAGCAACUACUUCUGCUACUAAUUCAACACCUUCUUCAGCACAAGAGAGCUUGAGAUGUCCGCGAUGCGAUUCUUCAAACACCAAGUUCUGUUACUAUAACAACUAUAACCUCACUCAGCCUCGCCACUUCUGCAAGACUUGUCGCCGAUAUUGGACUAAAGGUGGUGCGCUUAGGAAUGUUCCAAUCGGAGGUGGAUGCAGAAAAAACAAGAACACGAGCGUAUCGGCCUCGGUUGCAAAAUCUGGCACUAAUAAGCUGAAAACUAUGGCAUCUGAGAUUGGAAGAUCAGGUUUUGGAAAUGGGUUUGACCAUGAGUUUUCAUCGAGCCCAAUGAUGUGGGCUUCACCACAGAAUUCUCAUAUUUUGGCUUUACUUAGAGCCGCACAAAACCCUAACCCUACUACACUGUGUAAUUCUAUUUCUGUGAAGGAAGAGGGGGCUUUAAUUGGAAACCAUAUGAUAAAUGAGCCAGCAGUUGGAACAGCUGCACUGAAUGCUAGAACCCUAAGCUUGGACCCUUCUCUUGGUCUUUGCCACCCUUUUUGGAAAAGCAAUCAGCACCAACAAAAUGGUUUCACUGUUGGCGAAGCUCAAAACUCAGGGAUACAAGAACUGUAUCAAAGGCUUAGAUCAACAACAAAUUACUAUACUGAUAACCCAUCAGCAAUAGUUCUUAGCAAUGUGACCAAUUCAUCGUCAACUUCAACUCCUACAACCAUUUUGGAGUCUGCUCCAGUUGCUGGAGGUGAGUUGGGUUACUGGAAUCCAGCUUUUUCAUGGUCUGAUCUUCCAACAACUAAUGGUGCAUAUCCUUAA